GCGGCAGAUCUACCCGCGGUUUUCCAAAAGAAUUUUCCCGCAAAAUUUUGCAGUUGUAUUUUCCGAAUAUGAGUAAUAUGGUCCAUUACACCACACCACUCUUUAUUCAACUGUUGUCAUUCAGCAGAAUUUUCUCCCUUCAACGCACAAACAAAACCUAACUGAUAACUUCCAUGGCGGCCGUGAAAGAAACCCUAGAAGAGAAGAAACAAGUAAAGGAAACAAUCGAGAAAAUGGACAAGGCAAAAAAGAAUAGCGAAGAAGAGAAAGAAGGUGCAGAGGAAAUGGAUGUAGACAAGCAAGAUGAGGAGGUGAAGGAAAAAGUUGUGAAGAAGGUAGAAGAUGGAGGUGUAGGGAAGGAGGAGGAAUGGAAAAGUGAUGAUGGGAUUUCGCCUAAAACACCAGGUUCCAGGCCGACGAGGGAAAGGAAAACAGUGGAGAGGUAUUUUGAGUCUUUGGUUGCUAGAGGUUCAGCAACUAAGCCCUUGUCUAUUGUGAAGGGUCAAGGUACACAGCUGAAGGACAUCCCAAAUGUGGCAUAUAAGUUGUCCAAGAGAAAACCAGAUGACAACCUGCAGAUACUGCAUAGUAUUCUUUUUGGCAAGAAGACAAAGGCACAUAAUUUGAAGAAAAACAUAGGGCUGUUUUCUGGAUAUGUUUGGGUUGAAAAUGAGCAGGAAAAACAGAGGGCAAAAAUCAAAGAGAAGCUUGACAAGUGUGUCAAAGAAAAGCUACUGUUUUUUUGUGAUAUACUCAAUAUCCCAGUUAGUAGAUCUGCAGCAAAGAAGGAUGAGCUCUCUAUGAAGUUAUUAGACUUCCUGGAAUCUCCUCAUAGUACGACUGAUUCUUUGCUUGCUGAGAAGGAACAGAAGAGUAAGAAGCGAAAAUCGAAGGGCAAAACUUCCAAAAGCACAGGUUCCUUACACAAAGCUGUAGGAAAGUCAGGAAAGAAGCAUCAGAAAUCUGAAGGGGAGAAGCGCAAGCAGUCACCAAAAAUAGAGGAAGACGAAAGUGAUGAUGAACCAUCGAGUGCCAGAGAUGAAUCUGGGGAUGACAAUGAUGAUGAGCAGGCCAAUGAAGUAGGAAGUGAUCAUGAAGAGAGUGCUUCAGAGAAAGAGGAAGAUGAAGUGCAAGAGGAAGAGGAAGAGGACGAUGAAGAGGAAGAGGAAGAGGAAGAGGAAGAGAAACCAAAGAAAAAGAAGUCCAAUGGGAAUGUUUCUUCAAAGAAGGAUUCUGGAAACAAAGUAACAGAGAAGCCCAAGGCUGUGAAAAAGGAUAACCCUGCUAAAUCCCCAAAAAGUUCAACUAAACCUACCAAAGUGUCUUCAAGUACAGCUUCCAAAAGAGGUGGUUCUGGUGCUGAUUCAAUAGUUACACCUAAGAAACAAAAAGUUGAAAAGAAAAGUCAACAAGAAGAAAACGAGUCGGUCAAGGAAAAUGCUUCAAACAAGAAAAAAUCAACCAAGUUUCCUGCUAAGGUUUCUGAAAAGGAAGGAAAAGAAAAAAGUGGCAAAAAGGCCAAGGCAGAGCCCAGCAAUGAAGAAAUACACGCAGCAGUUGUAAAUAUUCUGAACGAAGUGGAUUUUAACUCUGCAACUUUAUCUGAUAUCAUCCGGAAUCUAGGUAGCCAUUUUGGUGUAGAUUUGAUGCAUAGGAAAGCGGAGGUGAAGGCUAUUAUCACCGAUGUAAUAAAUAAUAUGAGUGAUGAGGAAGAAGGGGAUGACCCUGAGGCUGAGAAUGAGGAAGCAGAAAAUGAAGGUGAUGACCCUGAGGCUGAGAAUGAUGAAGAAAAAAAAUGAAGGUGAUGCUUAAUUUACGAGUCCAGUAGAAGGAUAGGUAUAAGGUUUUAUACAUCUUGUGAGUUGUUUUUAUUUAUACUUUUAGCUGGAUAUUAGAUGGUGACCCCGAUGGGUUCGUAUAUAAGGCAUUUGUUUUGCCUUUGCUUGUUCUGUAGAGUUAACCUGUGCAUUUCUUUUAAAGCAACACUACACCAUCUGCUGCUGAAA